AUGCCCCGAGAAUUCGAACAGAUUGUCGUAGAUAGACUCAUCUCUUCCCUCCCGAAUCUUACGUUCCUCAGGCCCUCCUCGCCAGGCUACUCGGACCAUCGGAUACGAUGGUCAAUCAUGUGGCACAACGAGCCUGGUCUCAUAAUCCUCCCAACAUCGGCGGAAGAAAUUUCCACGGUCGUUGAUUUUGCACGGUCUCACUGCCUCGAUCUGGCAGUAUGUUCCGGCGGCUACGGCCAGCUCGGCUCUUCAUCUACCGUGGGCGGAAUCCUGAUCUCUCUCUCGAGGCUCAGCUCCGUAUCAGUAGACCCUGCCAAUAAAACGGCACGGGUUCAGGGAGGAGCAAAAUGGGGAUCCGUGUACUCCGUUUUGGAAGAACACGGACUCGGCAUCGUGGGAGGGGUUGCGAAUUCUGUGGGGGUUGGGGGGGUGAGCUGCACUGCGGGCUUCGGGUGGUUGACUGGACGGCAUGGCCUUGCGAUUGAUAACAUUUUGUCAGUUGAGAUGGCGCUUGCUAACGGUCAGAUCGUCACUGCUUCGCCUACGGAAAACGAGGAUUUGUUUUGGGGUGUCAGAGGGGCCGGGGCUUGUCUAGGAAUCGUGACUUGUUUUGAAUUUAAAGCCCACGAACAGAAGGAGAUGUGUUGGAUGGCGAAUUUGGCAUUCGGUCGUGAAGCGAUUCCUCUUUUUCUUGAAGUCGUAGACAGGAUACUCGCAGGAGAAGGGAAAGGUGAUUUUUCUACCUCUAUGAGAUGGGGCCCAGCAACCGAGACUUCGGAACCAGUUAUCAGCGUCGAACUAUUUCAUAAUGGUCCCGAGGAGACCGGGAAAAUUUUCUUCGCAUCACUGCUGGCAGUGGAUCACGAUGUCAUCUCCAUGGGGGUGAAAUCACUUUCGCAAUGUGGCUUUGACACUCCACCUUCGUUACGCCAACGUCAAAUUCCGAAAGAUGCGCCUCAUGUGGCUGGAACGAGCGCAGAGCAUAUGUACCGCCUCUACGAUGAGUUUCUCUGCUUCCAACGACAAGAUAAUUUCAAGUCGACUACGCUAGCCUGGGUCGUUCAUGACAGGGGGAAAGUCACCAGCAUUGGGCAGCAAGAAACAGCAUUUGCAAAUCGUGGCAAUUUCGGUGAUCUCAUCAUCUGUCCAACCUGGGAUAGCGAGACUGAGGACGAAGCCGGCAUGGCCUGGGCUGAGAAGAUUUGGAAUACGGCGAUGGAGGAGUUCGAGCGGGUCAAACGAAACACGGAGGGUUUCGACGAGGGAACGAUGAGUGCAGUAGGGGAGUACGCGCCUCAUGAUGGCCGACGAGGAGGAGCAAAAUACAUCUAUGGGAUGAACUUUGACCGGCUGGUAGAAAUUAAAAGGCGACAUGAUCCGGGUAACAUGUUUUACAAGUUCGUGGAUUUACUUUCCGAGUAG